CCUAAUAGGAAUUAAAUCCAUAUAAAGAAAAUUAGAAUCAUUACUAAAUAAGCAAAUAAAUAUCAAGAAAAUUAGAAUUGUAACAAAGCUGUGUGGUUGAGAGAAUUUAUCUCGAAUCCGAUCCUCCCUAUAAAUACAUAUAAAAAAUAAACUUGAUCCAGUUUUCGUUCUCAAUUUUCUCUCACAUUCACCGCGAUCUUUUUCACUCGUUCUUUCAUCCUUUUCCAUCUCCCUCUCCGCAACACUCAGUGGUUGAUUUCAUCAAAAGGACCUCAUUCAUUACAAGUUACCAAGCGAAAAUUUCAUGUCUGAGUUUGACACAAACAUCCCAUCAACUUUUGAUCCCUUUGCUGAGGCAAAUGCUGAGGACUCAGGUGCCGGGACAAAAGAGUAUGUUCAUGUCCGCGUACAGCAGCGUAAUGGAAGGAAAAGCUUAACAACUGUUCAAGGGUUAAAGAAAGAGUACAGCUAUAGCAAGAUACUCAAAGACCUGAAGAAAGAAUUCUGCUGUAAUGGUACUGUUGUCGAGGACCCUGAGUUGGGCCAGGUUAUACAACUUCAGGGAGAUCAAAGGAAGAAUGUUUCUACUUUCCUUGUGCAAGCUGGCAUUGUAAAGAAGGAGAAUAUCAAGCUUCAUGGUUUCUAAGACUCUAAUCAACAGUGCAAUUUAGCUACAUGUUAAAUAUUUAGCAUGCAGACUAUAGUUCAAUAUUGGUAGCUUAUAAAUUUGAAUUCAAGAAAUCAAUUACAGCAACAUAUUGUAGUUAAGAGUUUUAAUGUCUGCUUCUAAGACAGUUAUCUUGAAUAAAUUUGUCAUAAUUUCUACCCUUCUGUGCC